AUGCCACCAAAGCAAAUUACACGCGCUAUAAAAAGAGGCGUUCGAGUUAUUGCUGAUGUUGUUAACGUGGCGGGGGACGAUGACGCGUUUGUGGGCGGAAACGAACAGUACGACGAGAAUGAAGAAGAAGAAGAAGCGUCGGCGAGCCUGGGACGAACGCCAGUGUCGUCGCAAUCGCGUUCCGCAAGGAUGGCGAAGGCAGUCACUUCGUCGCCUCCUUUGUCAGGGGCUUUGUCGGUGCUGAAGGAGGCGUCUUGUUCUUCUAGAAAGCGUUCUCGCUGCUCCGGCGGCCAAGACGCAGCAGAAGAAGAAGAAGAAGAAGAGCCGGAAGAGCUACAGAUGCGUGACACUAUUGCUGACAGUCGUCGCAGCGGUGCCAGUGAUAUCAGCAGGGUGAGGUCAAGCGGCAAAAUGCUUCAGGAAGGUGAGGGAUUCUUUCAUGACUUGAGCGCCAUGGAGCCGUUGCGUGUACGCCUUGGCGUCUGCCCUUUGCCAGGCAACGCGACGAGUGCUACAACAUCCUUGCCCGCAUCGCAUCCGCUCACUGGGCCGGAGAGCUCCACCACGGUGCUGCUACUUGAGGCGCGGAAAUUCCUCGCAUUGCCAGAAGAAAAGGGAGGGGUUGAUGUUGUUGGGUGGGCCGCCGCUUUUUCGUCUGUUGCAGUGGAGUUGCCGGGUGAAGGCGUGUAUAACAACGCCUCUGUUUCUGUGAGUGUUGUAUUGGCACCGUAG